UUACUCUAAACACUGAUAUUGAACCACAUGGAGAUGAGCUGAUCAUGUGGAGGUUUGGAGAAAUUCUCAUCGCUAAAGUUGAUAAAGAGAACAAUAAGAUCUCAUUAUCUCCUGAUGAGAGAUUCAAAGGCAGAAUACAUCUGGAUCAGGCAGGGAUCUCUCAUCAUUACAGACAGCAGAACCGCAGACACUGGAGAAUAUAAACUAAAGAUCAGCAGCAACAGAGAGACGAAACACAAGAGAUUCAGUCUUUAUGUGAAGGCUCCGCCGAUGUCUGCAGGUGCUAAAGCAGGAAUAACUGUUGCUGUUCUGCUGCUCGUGGCUGCAGCUGCUGCUGUUGGUGUGAUUUACUAUCGCCGCUGGACCUCUGAAAUAAAAAGUCAAAAGAAGGAACAAGAAAGACAAAAGCCGGAACUAGAAAAACUAAAGGAUGAACUAAAAAGACAAAAGCAGGAACAAGAAAGUCAAAAGCAGGAACAAGAAAAACAAAAGCAGGAACAAGAAAGACAAAAGCAGGAACAAGAAAGACAAAAGCAGGAACAAGAAAGACAAAAGCAGGAACAAGAAAGACAAAAGCAUGAACAAGAAAAACAAAAGCAGGAACAAGAAAGUCAAAAGAAGGAACAAGAAAAACAAAAGCAGGAACAAGAAAGACAAAAGCAUGAACAAGAAAGACUAAAGCAGGAACAAGAAAGUCAAAAGAAGGAACAAGAAAAACAAAAGAAGGAACAAGAAAGUCAAAAGAAGGAACAAGAAAAACAAAAGCAGGAACAAGAAAAACAAAAGCAGGAACAAGAAAGACAAAAGAAGGAACAAGAAAAACAAAAGCAGGAACAAGAAAAACAAAAGCAGGAACAAGAAAGUCAAAAGAAGGAACAAGAAAAACAAAAGCAGGAACAAGAAAGUCAAAAGAAGGAACAAGAAAAACAAAAGCAGGAACAAGAAAGUCAAAAGAAGGAACAAGAAAAACAAAAGCAGGAACAAGAAAGUCAAAAGAAGGAACAAGAAAAACAAAAGCAGGAACAAGAAAGUCAAAAGAAGGAACAAGAAAAACAAAAGAAGGAACAAGAAAGACUAAAGAAGGAACAAGAAAAACAAAAGCAGGAACAAGAAAAACAAAAGCAGGAACAAGAAAGUCAAAAGAAGGAACAAGAAAAACAAAAGCAGGAACAAGAAAGUCAAAAGAAGGAACAAGAAAAACAAAAGCAGGAACAAGAAAGUCAAAAGAAGGAACAAGAAAAACAAAAGAAGGAACAAGAAAGACUAAAGCAGGAACAAGAAAGACUAAAGGAUGAACCCAAAAAACAAAAGAGUGAAUAUAUCAUAAACCCGGUAACGGAGGGAGAUUCUGUCAUUGGGAAUGAUGAUGGAGCAAAUGAGUCUGAUAGUUUGAUGAAUAAUGGCCGCUGAUGAUGGAGUGAAUAAGAAACAGGGGACGAGUUUAAGUUAAAGAGACUCUCAGCAUCACUGCUGUAAAUCACUGUUACAUCAUCAACAUUCAAAUCACAUCUACAAAAACAUAUUUCACAUUUUAAUGAAUCUCGAUAAACUCGUCCUUUAAAAUGAGAGAUCAACAUACGCUGUUAAACUCUGAAACUAAAGUGUAAAAAGUGUCUUUAUUUUCAAUUUGUUUUUGCCAUUCACACGUAUUAAUAAUCAAAUCCUGCUCAAUGAUAUACAGUUUUUAUAAUUUUAAUUGUAUACAUGUACAAUAACGUUUGACUCUCUUCUAUAUCAUGAGUGUAGACUGCACGCUUUAAAUAUCUAAUAUUAUAUAAUCCACAUAUACAACAUCAGUUUUCCUCAAAGUAUUGUGUUUUUAUUAAUCUGACACCACUAACAGGUUCAUGUUUAUAUUUAGGUCAGUGUAUUUUAACACUCACGUCCAGUGACUUACACAUUGAGUUAUUAUGCUUUUAUUAAAGACAUUAUCAAACCGCAAGUUUAUAUUCUUUUAGUCUUUUUAUUUGACUUUGCGAUGUGCUUUAAUAGUUUUCUGCUAUAUUGAAUAAGUGCACUUGUUUAUUUUUUCUGGUAAUAUUGAGUGUUUUUGUGAAGUCUGAGAUUGUAAUCUGGAGUUUUCUGUUUUAAAUACGGUCUGAAUAUUUCUGCCACUAAUCACAGGGUUGGUUGUUCGAAUUCCGGCCCACAUGACUCCACACCCUUGGGCAAGACACUGAACCCCAAGUUGCUCCCAAUAUUAGGCAAGCA